CUCUCCACUCUGACUGUUGUUUGUCAGAGGUGACCAUGAUGACCCUCAACUCUGCCUCUGUUGCUGGACUUCUGCUCACACUGUCAGGUUUGGCAGCGUAUGAGCUGACCCAGGAGACGUCCAAGUCGGUGACUCUGAAGAGCACAGUGAAGAUACUCUGCACUGCACAAGAUGAUAGGUAUUACAUUUCAUGGUACCAACAAAAACCUGGUGGUGCCCCGAAGUUUCUGCUGAGAAAUAAUGAAAGAGCCCCUGGGUUACCCAGCAGGUUCACCUACACUGACUCCAACAACCAGGAUUAUCUGAACAUCAAUGGAAUAGAAGCUGAAGAUGAAGCUGUCUACUACUGUGGUUGUGCUCCAUCAGCAGAUGAUGUUUCAUUUGGUCAAGGCACAAAAGUUGUGAUCUCUGAUCAUCCAGCAUCUCCUCCAUCGCUGGCCCUGCUGGCCCCCUCUCAGUCUGUCCAGUCCGGAGAUGAGGUCAGUGUGGUCUGUAUGGCGAGGGGCUUCCACCCUGACAGUGUUGCUCUGUCCUGGGCUGAGGACGGCAGCGCUGUGGCGGGUCCUGACGUCCAGACCGGAUCGUCCCAGCGCCAGCCUGACGGCACCUUCUCCCAGAGCAGCAUCCUGAAACUGAAUGCUGGACGCUGGAGCUCAGGACGCACCUACACCUGCAGCCUGACCCACCCAGCACUGACCAGCACACUGACCAAGAGUGUCAGUGUGGGUCAGUGCAGCUAGAACCAAAAUAUUAAAAGGCUCACUGUGCUAACACAGCUCGCUACAUUUCUUGGUAAAAUACGCUUAGCCUGAUUUGCAUAACUUCCCCACCAUCCUUAUGAAAGACUGUCAUUUUAUAAUAUUUCACGUCCACUGUUGAAAUUUCAUAUCAGUACUAUUGAUCUUUUGCUCUGCAGAGAUCUAAUAAAAGUCAGUUUAUAUGUUUGCAUUUACACACUCUGUUCAAUGUGCUAUAAAAGCUAAAUGUCCCAUGUUGUAAUGUCACUGUAUUGCUGAUUAAAUGCAAGUUUUCUGAGUAAAAUGUCUUUAUUAUCACACUA